AUGGACAAACAUUACAAACCGUCAGCCACUUUCUACAUGUAUAUCAGCAGAAGCCCCACUACUCUACAGUACCCGUCCACGGCUCCGGCCAUCUCACGGAACUCUCCCGAUCUCCGUAUUCUUAUCGCCGCUAUCUCCAACUCUGAUGACAGAGCGGAGAUCUUGGCGAUCUCGGCCUGUCCAAUUCCGGCGAUAUCCUACGUCAAACCUGCGUUAUCAAAAUGCCGAGAACAUGCCCAGAAGUUAUAG